AUGGCUGAUUCUAGGCAAGAAAAAAUAAAAUCGUUCACGCUUUCUAUCCCAUCAUAUCUAGCAACAAAACGGAAACUUGUGCUGAAGCCUUUAAAAAUAAAAGAAAUCUCAAGUUGAGACGUAAGAAGAAAUUCGGAAGCUUUUAAGCUUCCUUCGAUUUUUUCUGCAAGAGAACAUAUAGGGAGCAGGGAUAGUCCUAUCAGCCCAGCCUUAGAUCUUUUGCAUUCGCCAAGAAGCUUGAGAGGCUCACCGGCUUCUUCUAACUCCCUUCCUCCGUGAGCGAACAAAAACUUUUUAUGAAAAAAAUUUUUUGAUAUAUAAAUGACAAAUUGCGUUUUUAAACAUAAAUUUUACCGAUUAAUGAAUAUUUGCUUUCCGAUUUUUUUUUUACGAAUUAAUUUUUUUUAAACUUCGAAAAAAAAAAUUCUAUAAAUUUAUAUAUAAUUUUUUUUUUAAAAAAUUAACCCCCUCCGUAAGCAAACAAAAUUUUUUGCUCGCUCAUGGAGAGGGGGAGUAAAUAUUUACCUUUUAUAUAUGCCCAAAAUGGGCUCGAAACACCUAACGAAAUCAUGCAAAAUUUGAAGUUGAGAAGGGAUUGUAUAAUCCCUAUAAGUAGAAAAAAGAGUAGUGUAAAUUUAUUAGCAGAUUAUAAGCAGCAGUCGCAGAAUUCAGAAUUUCAUAAACGGCAUAAGUCAUUUAUGAUGCAAAGUGUAUAG